AUGCUAAAUCGUGGACGAAUUGUGAGCCUUAUGCGGACGGUGACUAGUGGCAGUUGCAGCUGCCCGGCACACUCGCGUCCUCUUGCAGCCAGUCAACAACCUUCACCGGCAGCCAAGGAAUAUGCUUUCGAGAUGUCAUCCUCGACUAUUCGGUACGGACCCGGCGUUACCCGUGAGUUAGGACACGAUCUGCAAAAUCUAAACGCCAAGCGCGUUUGUGUAGUGAGUGAUCAGAAUGUGCUUCAACUAGCCUCGGUUAAGACCGGACUGGAUUCGUUGUCCCGUGCCGGAAUCGACGUCACUCUGUUCGACAGGGUACGAGUUGAACCGACCAACGAAAGCUUGCAAGACGUGAUUGACUUCGCCCGGCAACAUCAUUUCGAUGCGUUCGUGGCCAUCGGUGGAGGCUCGGUCAUCGAUACCUGCAAAGCGGCCAACCUGUACAGCACCGAUCGGAACGCGGAAUUUCUGGACUACGUCAACGCCCCCAUCGGCCGAGCCAAAGAGGUAACCGUGCCGCUGAAACCCCUGAUCGCGGUACCAACGACGGCGGGAACGGGUUCAGAAACGACCGGGGUCAUUAUCUUCGACCAUAAGCCCCUCCACGCUAAGACCGGAAUUUCCAGCAAAGCUCUACGGCCAACGCUCGGGUUAGUUGACCCACUGCACACACUCUCCCAGCCGGAAAAGGUCGCCGCCUACUGUGGUUUCGACGUGUUCUGCCACGCGCUGGAAAGUUUCACUGCCAUUCCAUACACCGAGCGAGGACCAGCGCCGGCAAAUCCGAAAUUACGGCCUCCAUACCAGGGCAGUAAUCCCAUUUCGGAUGUAUGGGCCCGUUUCGCGCUGGAAACGAUACGCAAGCACUUCCGCCGGGCCGUUUUUCAUGCGGAUGAUCUCGAGGCUCGCUCGCAGAUGCACCUGGCAUCCACGAUGGCUGGAGUUGGAUUUGGCAAUGCGGGAGUGCACCUAUGCCACGGUUUGUCCUACCCGAUAGCGGGUCUUGUGAAGCAGUUUGUACCGCAAGGAUACACCGGCGGACAUCCCAUCAUUCCGCACGGACUUUCGGUCGUGAUGACUGCCCCGGCUGUGUUCCGAUUUACGGGUGCCAGUUGCCCGGACAGACAUUUGGAAGCGGCUGAAAUUCUAGGGGCAAACGUAGCAAAGAGUCACCGUAAGGAUGCCGGAGCCAUACUUUCUGAUACCGUGCGCGGUUACAUGCACGAUCUGAACAUCGAAAACGGUCUCUCAGCCCUCGGAUUCAACUACUCCGAUAUUCCGGCGUUGGUUAAGGGAACGCUCCCACAGGAACGCAUUACGAAGCUUGCCCCCCGUGGCCAAUCGGAGGAGGAUCUGGCCGGAUUGUUCGAACAUUCACUCACCGUGUACUAGCGUUGA